CAGCUGUUGAACAAACAGUUUUGAGUGUUUUCACGUCGACAGUGAUUCACCUAAAUUUCUCUACUAGCUACGGAACCAUUUUCCAAGAAACUGAAAUUGCACUUUAUUACAUACUGACUCUCAAGCUUUUCGCGUAAGACAUCAAAUUAAUGAUUAUUUUUUUCUCGGCCGAGGAACAAUUUUGUACAUUAAACUGUAGUGAUACUGAAGCCUCUGCCUGGAGCUUGACACAUCGAUUCAUCCUGCCGGUAGGUGCUAUAUGCCUAUUUGGGAUGCACAGAAUAGAAUAGCCUCUGCCUCCUCGUCUUCUUAUUGUGCUCAAGUUUUUAGAACGGUAAAUCACAAUUUAGAUUUUGGUAAGCGGUACGAAGUACAUCCAUGUUAUUUAUCAACAUCGUAAUACCCGUAGAGUAAGGCCAAUAACGGGCUCGAGUUGCCGAAGCGAAGACCUCCAUUCCUGGAACGAGUUGCCACGAGUUGCCAGAAGAAGCUAGCUGCGUCGAAAUUGUAGCAAAGCAGGGCGUAGGGGGCGCCAAAGUACUCACUCGGAAAGCGGGGCGCCCUCUUUGGGAGCUCCUUCGCAAAGGGAGGCUGGGGUGGCGCUGCUUCUUUGCGUUUGGGCUCGAUAGUGGUGCGCCUGUUCCCACGCAGUCGCGGCGGCCGGGAGCAAGUGCCUCGCCCUUCUGUGCUUGUGGAUUGGUUCGCUGAGGAAUGUCAGCCUGGGCUUGGGUUUUCGGUCCUCGACGUUGCGGGUGGGCGCGUAGCUGGCUUGCGGUCGAAGGGUGCCCUUGUGAAAUUGAGAAACAUGCGGCGGGGGCUGUUUGGGCGGGUCGUGGUGAGUACGGUUCUCCUUUGGUCGGCAGGUGGGUGGGCCGGUGUGGUACAUGCUACACCCCCAGGCCCCCCACGCUGGACCCGUCGCGGGCAUAUUGCUGCCUCUCCUGGCUGUCUUCCACGGGCAAACUCCCCUUCUCCCGGCCAGCAGUAUUCUUGUUCUCUAGUGCUUCAACGUCUCGCCAAGCAGGCUGCGCCCGCAUGGAGCCGAGACACGGUUCGCAGCGCUGUAUGCUCCUGUUAGGGUCUCUCGGAGUCUCAUGAAGCUGCGCCUGAAGGGCGCCGCGCAAAAAAUUAGGGUGGGCAACUCGAGCAACCCGAGAAACUCGACCCGAUACGGGUCAAAAAAAGCCUUACUCCAUAAUACUAGUUACAGCAUGAAUUUUUUUACGACUUCGUUACUCAACAUGGAAGGAGCUCUAUUCAUCUGCAGAGGAUGGAACUGUAGACAGACCCAAGCUUGAAUGUAUCGAAAAAACCCGAGACAAGUUUGUUGGUGCGCAUGCACAUUAUAUCCCGUCAUGUGUUUCAAAGACACGCAUAUGAAGAGCUACUUACAGAAGCAAGUGUUGUUGUCGUUCUCGCUUGUACGCUGAAAACAGUAAGGUAGUAGGUCUAAGAUAAGUUUACAGUAAAUCGCUCCUGUGCAUCGCAGAACUGAAGCGACAAAGAGGACUUCUUGUGCUCAGUACAAUUCAUUCCGCACCAGAAUGGGCUUCAUGAUGAUGAAGUGGGCGCGUUUGUUCAGUGCCCUCUGUGCUAGUACACCAAGAUAUAUUUUGCAAUUUUUCUCUUCAAGUUUACUCAGGUCGCUUGGAUCUGAAACAAGGUGCGACC